AUGGCUCAGGGAAGAGCCAGAGACACGUGGCGAUCUGACCUUUUUGGAGGCCAAACUGCAAGGAUGCUUGCUGCUGGCCUUGGCACAGCUCCCGGCCAGCGUUACCUGGAGACAGCACAACAGGGCCAGGAACCCGCCACUCUCCUCCGAGUGCUGCUCCGUGCGGCCAUGCAGAGGGAGGAGAAGGAGGAGGACAAGGAUGAGGAGGGGGGAGAGGAAGGACUGCCUGCUCCGGCUGGGAAGAAGCACUGGCUGCCGCUGUCAGCCCAGUCGGCCUUCAGCUACAUCCCGCCAGGGCGACAAGAUGUGCCCGAGCUCAGCUAUUUCCAUCGGGGAGCCAAGGCAGGGAGUGUUUCCACUUACGAUUCCAUUUUUAAAAGACCAGAGGGUUACAACAAAUACCUUCACCGAUGUGACAGAGAACACGCGAAGAACCAAGGUCUUAACAUAAAUGAUGAGGAAACGGCAAGACCUGUGGCUGUCUUGUCAUCCUCAGAUUAUGGGAGACGCAUAAAAAAGCCUGUGGAGCAGCUGAUUCGAGAUCACGCCAGGAUUAAUCACGUGAAGGCAGAAUUCUACAGGAAAAAUGGAAUCACCUGCUUACUGGAAAAACCCUCUCCAAGCCUGGACCCAUGCUAA